AUGUCAAAAGACAGCAAGAAGCCGGCGUCGGCGGCCAUUAACCUGGUUGCCGGCGGUGGUGCCGGCAUGAUGGAGGCCCUCGUCUGCCACCCGCUCGACACCAUCAAGGUCCGCAUGCAGCUGUCCCGCCGCGGCAAGGAUGCGCCCCGCCGCGGCUUUGUCCGCACCGGUGUCGAGAUUGUCCGGCGCGAGACGCCUCUGGGCCUGUACAAGGGUCUCGGCGCCGUCCUGACGGGCAUCGUGCCCAAGAUGGCCAUCCGCUUCACGUCCUUUGAGUGGUACAAGCAGCUGCUGGCGGGCCCCAACAAGACCCCGGACGGCGGCAAGGUGUUUAUAGCCGGCCUGGCCGCCGGCGUCACGGAAGCCGUCGCCGUCGUCACGCCCAUGGAGGUCAUCAAGAUCCGCCUGCAAGCCCAGCACCACUCCAUGGCCGACCCGCUCGACAUACCCAAGUACCGCAACGCCGCGCACGCGCUGUACACGGUGGUGAAGGAGGAGGGCUUCGGCGCGCUGUACCGCGGCGUGUCGCUGACGGCCCUGCGCCAGGGCAGCAACCAGGCCGUCAACUUCACGGCCUACACCUACUUCAAGGAAGCCCUGCGCAAGUGGCAGCCCGACCUCGACGCCAGCGCGCCCCUCCCAGGCUACCAGACCACGCUCAUCGGCCUCGUGUCCGGCGCCAUGGGCCCGCUGAGCAACGCCCCCAUCGACACCAUCAAGACGCGCCUGCAAAAGACGCCUGCGCAGCCCGGCAUCAGCGCCUGGAAGCGCGUGUCGCUGAUCGCCGCUGACAUGUUCAAGCAGGAGGGCUUCCACGCCUUCUACAAGGGCAUCACGCCGCGCAUCAUGCGCGUGGCGCCCGGCCAGGCCGUGACGUUUACCGUGUACGAGUACCUGCGGUCGAAGCUGGAGAAGAGCGGCCCGCUGUCCCUCAAGGCGGACAAGUACGAGGAGUAG